CCGCCGUAGUAAUGUCAGUGUAGUUUCAUUCAUCUUUCCGUUCACACGCAAACUGCUUAAGGUACUCACCAAGUAGAUCGCCGUCGUCGUCUCCUCAGCUCAAAAGUAAAGUGUCCAUCAUUCUUUGCAGUCGUGAAAAUUUUGUUCCCUAUUUUCGAUUGGUCGCGUUUUUCUGGUUGCACUCGGGAGUGCUUUUCGCGACGGAAGUGGUGUCCAGUAUGACCGUUACCAUAGUUCGGGGUGUUGAAUCGUGUUUCGGACGGGGAAAAAGUGACGUUUUUGGGUAGCAGCAGCCCCAAAAAGCGCAAGAGGAACCAGAAAAUGUUAAUUGAUCCGAGAGAGAAGUGGAUCUAGUAUAAGCAAAAGAGACGGACGGGGCCAGCGGUGCACAGUGGGAGAAAGCAACGAACGGCGAAACCGAGACCUGCUGCACACGCACACAGUGCCAAAAAAAAAAAAAAAAGUGGAAUCCGCUUCUGGACGAGACGACAGUGGCCACAAGUGAGCCUGUAGGGAGGUUUUGUUUCAUUAUUAAGCUCGGGGCUUCAUUGUGAUUGUGCUGCUGUGGCUGUGGUCGGAGGCGACGAAGACACGACGUCUUGCUGGUUCAUUGUUCCGCACAAUCUAGCUACUAUGUCCAUUUGUUGAAAAAUAGAUAAAAUAGUAAUCAUCCAGCAGUAGCUAUAGGCCGCGAAGUAGCAACCUUCAAAGAUCCCACCCGACAGAAAAAUCAUCAACACGCUGUCUUUGUUGAUCUGUCGAGCUAGCCCAUGCUGUGUAAGAGAUGAGUGUUACAGCCCGACGACAGUCAAGUAAGAAGUGCAGUGUUCCCAAACCACUACCAUCGGAGGCUGGUUGUAGUAGUAGCAGUAGCAGCAGCAGCAACAGUGUAUUCGCUAGCAGUACAACCAUACCAUCCAUCCGCAAAGGUGUGCAGUUGAAGUUCCCGUGAACGAAACGAAAACGCAGACCGUGCCCCGUAGUUGCACGUUCGAUUUAGCGCCUAGUGUUGUUUUCACUGUAAUUCGUGUGCGCGAGUGUCUGUGUUCAAGUCAUCAAUCGAAUCUGAAAAUUAAGGAAUAAAGUGGCUAAAACUAAUAAGUGCGUUAGGUACAGAGAUGAUUUUCGGAUUUGAAAAUGUGUCGGUAGUUCCAUCCACAGAUUCUUAGGUAGCGAAAUGAUAUUAUUCUGAUGCACAGAAUUGCUUCUUGUUACGCAUCAGAAUUUAGUGCAGUUGAAGAUAGUUUAUCAUAUUUGUGUUGAUGAAAAGUGCCCCUGGAUAUCCACAGUAAAAAAUUGAAGCCAAGGCAAACCAUUCAUUCGCAUAUUUGCAUGCGCUGGUAUUGUUAUUGUGAUAUCUCAUGAUAAUGCGACGGUGAGCUGUGCGGUCAGUGCGAGUGAAGACAUAAGUUUUUGGUGUAAGUGAACCAGAAGAAACCGGAGCGAAGCGUAAUCCAGAGGAAGAUCGUGACGGGAAAAGUGAAGAAAGAAAAAAAAAAAUACAUAUUGAACGUUGGAGCACCGCGCACAUAUUAGUGGUGAUAGCGGUAUAUUAAUGUAAAGUGUGAUUGGAAGCAAGAGGCAGAUUUCGAAAGCUGCACCGCUGAAACUACAGCAAAAAAAGAUGAAUAAACUAGAAUAUUCACGACGGAAUGGCACUCAGAAGAUUCGAAUCACAAUUCUCUGCGCACGAAACCUAGCCAGAAAAGAUCUAUUCCGAUUACCGGACCCUUUCGCAAAAAUUCGCGUCGAUGGCACUGCACAAGAGUACAAAACGGAAAUAUGCAAAGCAUCGCUGGAGCCCAAGUGGAAUACCCAUUACGAUCUGUACCUGGGCAAGAACGACAACAUUACGAUAUCCAUCUGGAACCAGCGCAAGGUGCAGAAGCGCCAGGGUUCCGGCUUCCUGGGAUGCGUCCGGAUCGUAUCUAGCACAAUCCAGCGGCUCAAAGAUACAGGAUAUCAACGGCUAGAGUUAUGCAAAGCCUCGCAUGAUGAUCCGGAUCCAGUUAAAGGACAAAUCAUCGUAUCUCUCAUGUCCCGGGACGGUACCACUGGCGGUACUCCGUUGGCAAUCGUUGGCCCAGCUGGCGAUGUACGGGGCCCAGACGACGACGAAGAGAUUUUGAAGGAUGAACUACCCGCUGGUUGGGAGGAGCGUCUAACUCAGAAUAAUCGUGUGUAUUACGUGAACCACGUCACCAAAACCACACAAUGGGACCGACCAACGGAACCGGCCGGUUCCCUUCCGCCAGCUUUAAGUAACGGAAGCAGUAAUAAUAGUAGCGCCGACUCGAUACCACCCGGUCCGUCGAAAUCGGCCACAAAUAAUAGUAUCAAUAGUAUUCAAUCCAGUGACUCCAGCAGCCGAAGGCAUUCGACAGAGAUAAUGCUCAACAACUCCAACAACAAGGAAAAUUGCAAUUUAUCCAAGGAUCGAUCGAAGGAUAUGGAGAACGGAAGUACCGGUGUAACGAACGGUUCAAUGAUUGGACCGGGUAAUGGUGGUGGUGGAGGCCAUGGAAGACAUGAUGGGAAAAGUCCAGCUCGGAUACGUGAUGACAGCAUGCUGAUAACGCCUAGUUCCAGUACUAGCCCGCUAAGCGAGGUCAAUAGCCCAGUGACAUCGAAACAAACGACUGAGUUGUCCGCGACGCGGAAUCAAGGAGUUUUAAGGGAUCCUCAGAUGUUAUCGGGCUUGCCAAAUGCAAUUGGUUCACUAUCGCUUGAUCCGUCCGCCGCACGUUCACCUCAAUCGAAUGGCAUUAUCCCAAAUGCACACAGCACACCGACUUCUAACAGCAGUAAUAGUAAUAAUACUAGCAGUAACAACAGCAACAUUGCAAACGUUUCUGCAGGUGGGGGAGGUAAUUUUUCAGUGUUUAACAAUUCCAGUACCAGUAAUGUUAGUAGCAACGGAGUUUUGAUGAACGGUUCUUCGGCGAACUCGAAUGUCAGUAACAAUAGCUCCGUUGCAAACAGCACACCGACACAUGCUGUUCGAGAUAACGCAAGCAACACGUCGAUGUCACAGCAGCAGCCACAAGUGCCUCCGUUUUUGCCAGCCAAUCACCACAACGGUAACAGUCGAACAGUGGAUGGACAUCACAUGGAAUCGCCAUCAGGGCCGGGAAGGUCCCAGCCUCAGCCUCAACAGCCAGCUCUCAAUAGCACACCCGAAGGAAGUAGGGAACCAUCAGCACAAAGAACGCGUCGCUCUUCGCGUAACACGGAUGAGUCAUCCUCGCGUAGACGGUCAUCUCGAACGACACGGCCGUCACCGGUUAUGCCACCACAAUGCCGUGGGAGCGCUCCUGUGAUACGACCAGCAGUUGAUCUUCCUCCUGGUUACGAAAUGCGUACUACCCAACAAGGACAAGUAUAUUUCUAUCAUAUUCCAACCAAAAUGUCCACAUGGCAUGAUCCACGGAUACCGCGAGACUUCGAUACACAAAACAUCGCACCGGAAACCUUGGGUCCCCUGCCGCACGGUUGGGAACAACGAAAGACCGCAUCAGGUCGGGUGUAUUUCGUAGAUCACAACAAUCGAACUACCCAGUUCACGGAUCCUCGCCUAAAUGGACAUAUCCUACAAAUCAUCCGGAAACAAGCACAACCUCCUGUCAGCCAGAGUUCUUCCAGCGGAUCUGCAGCGAGCGGGUGCUCUUCGACGAAUCCGGUUGCAGCAACUGCCCUCAGCUCUCUGUCCGGUGCUGGUCCACAGGUUUCAAACAACGGAGUUUUGACGGCUGUUGCCGGAAGUUCUCGGCUAAUGAUGCCACCGGAAGCGACCGCUUCCGGCAGUAAUGGACUGCCUGUGGAACCUACACCGCACCGAGUACCACCUAACAACAUUCCCGAUCUGCCGCAAGGGUUGCUGGAUGGUGCCGAAUCACUGCCCAAGUAUCGACGAGACCUGGUCGGAAAGAUACGAUCAUUGCGCGUCGAGCUGCAAGCCCUACAGCCCCAGUCUGGCCACUGCCGGCUGGAGGUGUCUCGACAGGAAAUCUUUGAGGAGAGCUACAGACUGAUUAUGAAAAUGCGACCACGUGACAUGCGCAAAAGGCUAAUGGUAAAGUUUAGGGGCGAAGAAGGUCUAGACUACGGAGGAGUGGCUCGCGAGUGGCUUCACUUGCUUUCGCGUGAAAUGCUGAACCCCCAGUAUGGUUUGUUCCAGUACAGCGGAGACGAUCGAUACUCGCUGCAAAUCAACCCGGAUUCUGGAGUGAACCCGGACCACCUGUCGUACUUCCACUUUGUAGGGCGGAUACUGGGUAUUGCUGUAUUUCACAACCACGUGCUAGACGGAGGCUUCACACUGCCUUUCUACAAGCAGCUGCUAAAUAAACCAAUUACACUGAAUGACAUCGAAGACGUUGACCCGGAGCUACAUCGAAGUUUGACAUGGAUGCUAGAAAACAAUAUCAACGGGGUGAUAGACUCGACGUUCAGUGUGGAAAACAAUAGCUUUGGAGCGCUGAAGGUACACGAACUGAAACAGAAUGGUGCUUCGGUGCAGGUGACGGAGGAUAACAAACGGGAAUACGUAAAGCUUUAUGUGAACUAUCGAUUUAUGCGAGGGAUCGAACAGCAGUUUUUAGCACUGUCGAAAGGAUUUGGUGAAUUGAUACCGAGCCAACUUUUGCGACCCUUCGAGGAACGGGAACUGGAACUGGUGAUUGGUGGUAUCAGCAAGAUUGACGUGAACGAUUGGAAGACGCACACACGGCUGAAGCAGUGCACUCCGGAGACGCCGCAGAUCAUAUGGUUUUGGCAGAUUGUGGAAUCUUACUCCCCGGAGAUGCGCGCUCAGUUGCUGCAGUUUGUCACUGGUUCGUGCCGGGUACCGUUGCAAGGUUUCCGUGCUCUGCAGGGUUCAACCGGAGCCGUAGGGCCCCGACUCUUCACCAUUCAUCUGACAGCGGACGCUCCGAUUCAAAACCUACCAAAAGCGCACACCUGUUUCAAUCGGAUAGAUCUCCCAAUGUACGAUUCGUACCAGCUGAUGUACGAUAAAUUGACGCAGGCCGUCGAAGAGACAUGUGGAUUUGCCGUUGAAUAAGCAGAACAGUUAGUUUUAUUUUUAUGGGAACUGGGCAACGUGUUAUCAUUACGUUAUAAAACAGGUUUAUCACUUGGACAAACACAAAACGAAAUCAUAAGGGCUAAUUUUUCCUCUUUCACGUGUGUGGAAGAGCGACUAAUAAGACCAAAUAGGAAUACACCGUUAACAUUUCCCCUUAUUGAGACUUGGGAAACGAUCUCUCGAGAGAUCGUCUCCAAAUAACUUGAACCGAGUAGUCCGGGGAGUAUUAUUACGUACCAAUUCUUAACUAUUUUAGCUCAUAUGAAAAUAAAAUCCAAGUGUUCUAACAGUCGUACAAUUUUGCUCCCUUAUUGGAAAGUAAACAACCGAUUAAUCAAAAUGGUCAAAAUCAAAGUGUUUAUGAGAAAAUAGCUAACAAGAAUAGAUAUGUUUCAAAUUUUUGCUAACCAUUAUUGCAUGAUAAUAUCGUCGUCAUAAUAGCUCAAAGUGUUUUAUUACAAUUGCUCCAGUAGUUGAUAACAUUGAGUGGAGUGGAGUACUAUGAAAUUAUAGUCGUUAACAAUUGAGCCAAUUUUUAUAAUAAAUAUUUGCGUUGUCCCGUUUUCGGCGAAACAGAGUUGUUUUUAUCAUUUUAAAAUGCAAGUGGAAAAUGGAUAGUUUGAGUCAUCUGGGUGAUACAUAUUUAGUAAAAACUUUAAAAUUUUUAUUCGAAAUUUUACAAAUACUUAUACUGAGAUUAUUAUUCACUAGUAGUCAAACGAUAUGCGGUAUAAUUAAAGGUAGAAACAAAAUUUCUCCAUUUUAUCAAUCAAUAGCAAAAUAGCCUUCGUCCAAGUGUUUCCUAGGAAUAAAUAAAAUCGAUAUUAGUAAAAAAAAAUCAACAUAUUUAUUGUAAAAAAAACGUCGAUUUUGGAAUAUAUUUAGCCCUCUAUUUCAAAAUUAUUUCGCGUAAGCGAGGGUCACAUCGAUAUUACAUCUAGAGAAAAGUUAAUUUUAAAUUCAAACCUAACAAUAACAUACACACAUCAGGACGGAAUAUAUACUGUGUUAAACAAUUGAAAAUGAGAAAAGAAUGAUAUAAUAAUUUAUCUCUACUAUCAAUAAUAACUUUGAACCCUUUCCUUUGUACAUAGCCGUUUAGAUAAUAAAAGCAUUACAUAGUUAGUUGUUUAUUCGAAUAAUCGGCAACUUUGUCGUAUGUCUACCUUCUUACCUUUUUGUGAAAAGCUAUGCGUAGAGGCACAUGAUCAAUGCGAUAUAGAAGUUAAAGUUUUACCCAUAACAGCAUCUAAUAUCUAGAAAGGUAGAUAGGAAGUGAAACGAAGCAGAAUAUUGUUUGUAUAUUUUCUCCUGAAGCGAAUCCCUUAUUCGCUGGUAAUACUGGGCUAUUGUUUGAACGCUAGUAACCUUGACUGGUGGCAAUAAUGGAAUAUACAAAGUCAGAAACAUUGUCAAUAGCGAGGAUUGGAGAGUGAUCCACAUAUAAUCGAUAGAUUGUAGAUGAACAAAAACCAUAACGUAUAUAUUAUUUGUAAAUUAUACUGAAACGUUUUAUACAGUUA